ACGCGACAAUGUUAUAGUUUGCAUUCGAAAGGGAUCAGGCUAUCAAUACAGUCAUAUUAUGGGAUUUAAAGAAUUUUUCGCCUCGUGUAUCCUGUUGGCAGUCAUCAGCAAUGCACGGCGGUCACAAGAGAGACAAGAAGCUAAGAUUGUUCAGUCACAGCUUUCGUGGACGCCCGUCCCUGAAGAUUCUGUGAAAUACACCGUUCAAUAUCGCAAGGGAGAGGACACAUCAAACACAUUUACGAACAACACACUAUGGCAGGAUGUUCCCAGCUGUACCCAGAUAACUUCCACAACCUGCGAUCUCACAGCCGACAUGAACGAGAUCUUUGGCUUGACGUUUCGAGUUCAAGCAGAGAAAAGUAACAGGACGUGGUCCUUGACUGGGGAGAAGUUUGCUCAGUGUCAUGAAUCUGUUUCCUGUGUCCCCGUGGUUUCUCUGACGGCCAAACCGUCUGAGCUGGUUGUGAUGAUGUCAGAUGGGAACAACAGCGUAGAGCCUGAGUACGGCAUGCACCGCAAGUUCCAGAUCUACUUUGGUAAAGAGAACGAGAAGCUACGGAGACUUCAUCACCUUAGCAAUCAUAUGGAGGUAUUAAGGGAUCACAUACAGGAGGGACAGGCGUACUGUGUGUCAGCGACACAUGUCUUUUACCAACAAUAUGAGAGUGCCCGCAGCCAACAGAAGUGUGCAAUGAUCCCUGAGUCUGCUAGGAGCAAACUGAUCCGUAAUGUGGCGCUGAGUGUGUUACUACCGGCUUUGGCUUUCGUGUUGGCCGGGUUUCUCAUGUACACCCUUUGUUUAAAAUACGAAAAGAUCAAAGAACAUCUAAAACCCCCCCUGUGUCUACCGGGCCACAUGUAUGAGUUCUUCCAAAGCGACUUUACUUCAGCACCCUGGAUCAGCUCCAGCAGUCAGAGUUUGCACGCAUGUGAGGUCCACGCGUGUGAGAUUGAAGAGGACGAUGAGCAUGGGGACCGUGAGCAGCUGAGCAGAGACACAAGCGGCUGAAACACAUUGAGACACGACCAUGGUAACGUAGCAGCUUCAUCGUGAGGCCGCAUCUUGUUCAGACACUAUAAAAAAAAAAAAAAA